ACACGGCGGCCGGCGUCCGCCCGCUCUGUACGUCCGCGACACCGCGCCAGCCUUGCCCGCUCGCCGGCUCCGAUCGAAUCACGAACACGAUCGAUUGCCAACUUAACCGUUUAUUUACAUGUUUAUAAACAGUCUAUAUCUGUGACAGUGUUGGGAAACUUCUCGGAAGAUUCUGUAUGCACCGGUACAACUACGACAACAAUCAACUGGAAACAAACGUUUCACACACUGAAUAAUACACUACCAAACACGGUAUUGCCACACCAACCUUGAUAGCGAAAACCGGCGGAGACAACUGAUAUUGAUAUCUAUCUGAAGAUAAGAACCUUGGAACAGAGACAUUUACAAUCAAAACGACAGUGUGACAUUACAAAACGAUAUUUAGGACUAGUGCAAAACGAAGCCAUUCCAUAAAGUGCCGUGAAAGAGUAAGGUGAAGGUGAAACACAAGGCCGCUUACAUAACCCUUGAAUAGAAAAAAACAACACAAUCUUUCCGAUCUCCGAUAAAAAAACCGUUCAAUGUGUUUGCGAGCGAAGUUUCUCUUUCGAGUUACGCUUCUAGAUGUGAAUAUUUAGAGUCCUUGCCACGGCAGCAAUGCUGUCUUACAUGGUGCCUGUGGAAGAGAAGCCGCCCCCAGUUCCUGUCCAGGGUCGGUUGGCUCUGGAGCUGGUGGCAGCUCCGGCGAGCCCCGAGCCGACGGCACGCCGCAUGCGGACCAACAUCUCCAAGGAUUCCUCGACCAGCUCCUUCGCCAGUGACCUGACUAUAUCCUCGUCCACCCCCACUGGAGCCCAUGAGAAGCCGAAGCACAAGCUGCUGGGCAACGGCACCAAACAUACCACGUUGAAAAGGGUAUCGUUCGGGAGCUCCAAGGGGUCGAUGGUGGAGACGCUGAUCUACGAGAGUCCACUGCAAGAGGAGCCCGAGACCAGCCCGCCGCCCAAGGUCCAGGAGACCACAUUCCCUUACACGCCCGUUGAAGACGAAUCGGAGCGCUCCAAAGUACGAGUGUCGUUCUACCAGGGCGCCAGGCCCCAGUGCGUGUCUCCGCCGCCACAGGACCCGUCGGUCUACAUAGCCCUGCUGUCCACCCCGUCCGAAGCCGUCAUGACUGACCACGUCGCCUAUAACAGACAAGUCAGCACCGAGAGUGGUUGGGACAACCCCUUCAGGCCUGACGGAGACCUCAGUCGAGAGGCGGAUGAGAUAGUCUCGCUGAUCAAGGGCGGCAAGCCGAUUACUCCGACUCCUCAUGCGCUGCCUGAAGACCAGAUGGACUCCAAGAUCCUGGUGCCGGAUAAUGCGAGCCCACCGCAGUCGCCGCAGACAAAAGUGUCCACUCCAGUCCAGCAAAGCACACCAAAGGCAAUGAACGGAACCAAGAACGGGUCAGCGGCGCCGCGCGGCCCCGUUGAGGUUCAACGAUCUCCGCCCCAGGAGCCCCAGCAGCCAGAGCAUGUCACCAUCAAGAAGAAACCCAAGUGCAAGUGCUGCGUCGUGCAGUAAGCACCCCGAAAUGAACGGACCCUCCGACGCUUUGGUGACCCCCAAACGGCCAACGCUUUUACUAAGGCUAUCGCUUUUGAGGGUUAUGUUAUCAUGAUUAGACAGGUUUCUGUGUUGUUUGUGUCUCAAUGUUCUGUAUCCUAUUGUUUCGCUGUGAAUAGAGCCUGUGAGCAGGGAAUGGGCAGCGAGGGUCCGUUCUGUUUGAUGUCCAAAACCGACUGCGCUUUCGACCGCUCGCUCGAGCGGCGCGGUGCUACAUUGUAUUGUAUUCUCUUACGUUUAGAAACUACACCGACAAGCGGCUUGGCCAAGCAACUGCUUAAGCGUUUCGCAAACGACUUUUUUUAAUAAUAUACACAUGAUUUUUAAACUAUAUUUUAGCUCGUUUCAUAGUUGCAUUUUAUCCGUUUUAAUUAUUUUCAUCUGUUACUACUUACAUGGCGUCAUUGUAUCCGUAAGUUUUUUUUAUAUAUAAGAGGACUAUUUAGAUAAGGUACAAACUUGAAAUGGUGUAUUUAUUUUAAUUUUAAACAUAUCUAAGGAUGGAAUUUUGACAAGGAGUUGAGGAGGUUCUUAGGGAUUAACCAGGUUUUUAGUAGAUCCUUGUCAUAUUUUUAGUUCUCACUUCAUAAAUAAACUUGACUGACUCCGCAAAUACCAAUAUUGUAUCGCAACUAAUUUAGGCUUUUGAUAUCUAAAUGUAUUUAAAUUUAAUUGGGAUAUUACUAAAGUCUGGUUAACGAAGGAUAGUUUAUCAAGCACGAUUGUUAUUUCAAGAGGGUUACAUUGUUCUAAAUGAUGUUUUAUUGAUAAUUAAAUUAUAAUGCAUGAAAAUAUAAUAUCGACAUUGAAAUUCUACAUUAUUUUGAACAAUGUAUCCCUUAUUUACCUAUCAAUAAAUAGAAUCUCAAAUGUUCAACUAUAGGCGAUUCGCUAGAAGUUGCAUGCAAAAGGCAUACAAAAAGUCUACCAGUUUAAAGAGUAGAGUGGAUCACCUAAUAGUUUUAAAAAUAUAAUGCCGGACUAUUCAAAAGAGAGGCCUGUGGAAUACAUGACAAAUGUCCAACUGUCAAAACAUGAUUUGACAAAAUACGGACAUACAGCUAAUCGUCUAUAUUUAUAAUAAUCUGAAGAAAUAUUGGGUGUUACUAGACAUAAUAAGCUUGAUAUUGUAACUAUCAAAUUAUUUUAUUAUUCGAGAUCACAUGAUAAUUUAUUGGACCUAUUAUAUUAACUUUUAGUGUUGAAUCUGUGUUGAAUAAUAUUAUACAUAAUUUUAAUGUCUAUUUUUAUAAUGUUUAUUUUAUAAUGAGCAAGUAUUAUAAUAAUUAUCUGUGUGUGCGGUUCGGCCCCCUGUGGUGUCGACAUCAAUUAUUUUGACAUGAUAUAUUAUGUGUAAAGUGUGAACGAAGAUUUGUAGUUAAAAUUUACAAGUUAAUUAUUCACUGUUAGAACGUAGGUUUUACGUAAAACUACGCCAGAUAUAUCAUUCACGCUUGCGUCCACUCUCACAACUGUCGUACCUUAUCCUGAUUACUUGUAGUUCUGUUGUCUUGCUUUAAGACCGUUUUGGCUAAAUCAGUAAGAAAGCAAUUACAUUUAUUCGUUGUUUUAAGUAUAUAGGUACAAAUAAAAUAACAGUAGUAGGAAAACGAGAAUACAUGAUAAUUUAUUGUUAUUAUUACUGAAGGUUUUACAGUGCCACAAAUGUUAUAGAAAUCGAUAUCUGUAAAUAACGGAUUAUUUCUCUCAAUAGCUAUUAACUUAUUCAAUGAUCGAUAGAAUGGUUUCAAGCCACAAAAGUUGCUAUAAGUGAGAAAUACUGCGACAUUUACUUGAGACUGACACAAAUGUAUUUAAAAAUGAAAACAACAAGAAUCCGAUUUAUAUACAAAAUUUGUAAGUGGCAAAACUGGUUUCUGUAAGUAUUUUAUCAAGUUUGAAAAUAAAAUACUGAAUUGGCA